AUGGGCAAGCGCACGGCCAGCCAGGCUGGCAUAGUCAAGUCCGGCAAGAAAUCUGUCGCCGAGACUCCGAAGAAGCAAAAGACCGGCGACGCCACGGAAACGUCCACCCCGACUUCUGCCCCCGCCGCCUCCGAUUCCGCCGAUCUCUCAAAGAAGGCAGAGAAGGCUCUUCGCAAGGAGGAGAAGGCCAAGGCGAAGGAAGAAAAGAAGAGGCUGAAGCGCGAGGCGAAGCUGGCCGCCGACGCGAAUGGCGUGAGCAGUGAAGAUGUCGACAUGAUCGACGCUCCCACCACCUCCGAGGAUGUGACCGAGCAGGAAUCAUCCAAGGAGAAGAAGGAUAAGAAGGAGAAGAAGUCCAAAAAGGACAAGUCGGAGAAGAAAGAUAAGAAGGACAAGAAGGAGAAGAAGGAUAAAUCCGAGAAGAAGGAGAAGAAGCAAAAGAAGGAGGCUGGCAGCGCUGAGGAUACGUCCGUCGAACCCACCUCUGUUCCGGAGGUCAGCCGCACCGCGGCCGCAGCUGCGGAAGCGGCUCCGUCUGGCUAUCUCGAGGAUCCCGCGCUCUCUGCUCUGCCUCAGUCUGAGAUUGAUGCUUUCAUGUCGAAGCACUUCAUCGCCGUGACCGAUCCCCUAAGCACUGCGACGAAGCUCCGCCCGAUCGUUUCCUUCGACCAUCUCCCCGUUACCGACGAGUCGCUGCGCGCUCCCUUUGCGAGCUUCACGGCACCCACUCCCAUCCAGGCGGCAGCAUGGCCCUCUUUGCUCUCUGGCAGGGAUGUCAUUGGCGUGGCUGAGACCGGUUCAGGAAAGACACUUGGUUUCGGUGUUCCCUGCGUCCGACACAUCAUGCGCCAGCCCAAGAGCAAGGGUGUCAAGGCGGUGAUCGUGUCUCCUACUCGUGAGCUCGCUUCUCAGAUCCACGAGCAGCUAGUCAAAAUCGCGGAACCUGCGGGCCUGAAGUCCGUCUGCAUCUACGGCGGUGUUCCUAAGGACGAGCAGAAGAUUGGGUUGAAGAAGGCGAGCAUCGUCGUGGCCACCCCCGGUCGUCUGAAUGACCUUAUCGAUGAGGGCGCCGCGGACAUCAGCAAGGCCGACUACGUCGUUCUGGACGAGGCCGACCGUAUGCUCGACAAGGGUUUCGAAGAUGCCAUCCGUAAAAUCAUCAGCAGCACUCGCCCGCUCAACGAGCGUCAGACUCUCAUGUUCACUGCCACCUGGCCAAAGUCCGUCCAGGAGCUCGCGUCCACCUUCAUGAAGUCGCCCGUCAAGAUCACCAUCGGCGACAACCCGACCGGAGAGCUCCGCGCCAACACCCGCAUCAGCCAGACCGUAGAAGUCGUUGACCCGAGGGAUAAGGAGUACAGACUUUUCCAGCUCUUGAAGGAGCACACGGCGGGCAGCAAGAAGAAUGACCGCAUCCUCAUCUUUUGUCUCUACAAGAAGGAGGCCACGCGCGUGGAGGAGUCGAUCCGCCGCAAGGGCUUCAAGGUUGGUGGUAUCCACGGCGAUCUCAGCCAGGUGCAGCGUACGGCCAGCUUGGAGAAGUUCAAGAAGGGCGAGAUCCCUCUUCUGGUUGCCACGGACGUCGCGGCGAGAGGGUUGGACAUUCCCGCCGUCAAGGUCGUCAUUAACGUGACCUUCCCGUUGACUGCAGAGGACUACGUCCACCGCAUUGGCAGAACGGGCCGCGCGGGACAGGACGGCAAAGCCAUUACCCUCUUCACCGAGCAUGACAAAGCGUUGGCUGGAGCGCUCGUCAACGUUCUCAAAGGCGCCAACCAGCCGGUGCCCGAAGAUCUCAUGAAAUUCGGCACUACCGUCAAGAAGAAGGGCCACGAGGCAUACGGUGCCUUUUUCAAGGACACUUCCGAUAUGAAGCAGGCGACGAAGAUUACCUUUGACGACUGA